AUGCAUAUAAAAUGGUUUUUAAAUAAGAUUGGAAAUAUUAUAAAGACGCAGCCUAAUUUCUAAAAGAUUAAUUCGAUGAAAAGUUUGGAGGAACUUGGCACGUUAUAGUAGGGAGACAUUUUGGGUCUUUUGUAAGUUACGAAUCAAAAUGUAUUAUACUGUUUUGGAUAAAUUAAAUAGGAUUCUUAAUAUACAAAUUUGGUUGAAUUACAUUUUAUUAUAGAGUACAUAUAAAUUGUUUGUAAAAAUGCAUUUUCGCUUUGUUUAAAAUUUGUUAUGUCAUUAAAAAAUACAAAAUAAAUAAUGUAAUAUAAAAAUGUACAAUUUUAAAUUGACAAAUAAUAUUUAUUUAUUUAUUUAUUUAUUUAUUUGCCAAUCCAUUUAAUGUAUUAAGUUUUUUGGUUUGCCUUACAAUUAACUCUGUCAAUUAUAGUUAAAUUUUAUUACAAAUUCUCCUUUUUUAAAUAAUUAUUUGGAUCCUUCAUAAUAAAAUAACUCCUUUAUGCGUUUCUUAUAUUGAAUGCUGUUAUUUAUUAAUUUAACAUUCUACAAUAUUAAGAUCUUCAUAAGUUCAACAAAAUUAAUUUUUUAAGGACUUUUUGA